UUCAAGUGGGAAAAGUUGACUUCCGAGGAAGUUGAAGAGUUGAAACUUGAUGUGAACAAUGAGUGUGCUAUAAUGAGUAAAUUGCGUAAUCCGUUUGUCGCGAAUUACAUUGGCGCAGUGACUUAUAUUCCUCAAGUAUCAAUGGUCAUGCAAUUUUUCCUUUUGGGAUCAUUAGGAGAGUAUGUUAGAAACGACAGUGAUGAUUAUAUCAAAUUGUCUUACAAACUCAAAUUACGCAUCUUGUAUGAUACAGCAAGGGGAAUGGAGUUUCUUCAUGAAAAUAAAAUCGUUCAUUUGGAUUUGAAACCCGACAAUUUACUUGUCAAUUCACUCUUCGAAGAUUCAGCUUGUUGUGUGAAAAUCACAGACUUUGGUACUUCUCGCUUUAUAAAGAAAACAUGGGAUGACGACAAAGGGUUGGGCACUCCAAUAUACGCCGCACCAGAGACGUACAAUGAUAUUUACACAACAAGUGGUGAUGUGUAUUCAUUUGCGAUUACAUCUUGGGAAAUCUUUUACCAACAAGAGCCUUUCAAACAACUGAAAACACUUUUUGAUGUCAAGUCUCAUGUGUUAUCUGGCAAACGACUAAACAUAGACCAGACAAUGCCUGUCAAAUUGAAGUCGUUAAUCGAAGGGUGUUGGAAGGAGGAUCCAAACAAUAGGUACCAAUUCACAGAUAUCUGCAAGCUCUUUGUAAAAAUUUACGAUGAGGUUGACGUCUAUGACAGCUUGAAUGAGGGUGUUAACACAGACAAAAUAAAGAGCUUUGUUGAGAAGAGACAAGAAAGAAUGAGGAAGAUGCUUGAAGAUUAA